ACACGCUCCUCGCGCACGACGCGGAGCUGCUGGCCGCGCAAACGCGACUACUGCAGACACGCAGGGCGUACCCCGCGGCACUCGCGCCGCUGCACUCGGCGCUCGCCGAGAACGAGAAGUCGUUCCUGCUCGCGCUGCAGGAAAUGUACGCGGCCACGCUGUCGCACCUAGUGCAGACGCCCAUCCUCCCCACCGCCCUCCAGACGCAGCGGGAUCGCCUCCGUGUCCAGGCGCAGAAGGCGCAUAUGCGCAGGGCUAGUCCGGUUGAGAUUGCGGCGCUCCAUGCGAGGCUGAGGUUGGCGGAGGAGGAGAUCGCCGCGCAGGAUAGGGCCAGAGUGGACGGCAUGUUGCAAAGAAGGUUGGAGGCGGAGCUGGUCGCCGUCGAGAAGAGGGCCCGCGCGGAGUUGCGCGCCGUCGAGCAGCUGAGGAGGCGCAUGAGGACUGAGGAGUGGAGGGCUGCAACGGAGUCGGAGGCCGAACUAGAGGAGGAGGAGCGGGAGGUGGAUCAGGAGGGGGAGGAGGAGCGUAUCCAGCAGUGUCCCUCCCCUCCCGCCACGGUCUCUGCCGCUUCGGAGAAGGACUACACUCCCGUCGCCGUCGGCGACGACCAGGAGCCCCUGCCACCACUCCCCGCCCCAACGCCAGACGAAGAGCUCUUCCUCGCAUCGAUGGACGCGGCGCCCUCGCCCCUGCCCCCAAAGAUAACCCGCACACCCGCCACGCCCGCCACCACGGGCCCCGCCGCGCCCCCACGCCUCUCCCUCUCCAUCUCCGCAGGCGCAAACAUUCUCAGCAAGCGCCCACAGCGCCCGCUCUUCUCGCCCACGCUCCCGCCCGAGUUCAUGGCGCUCCCACAGAUCAUGACGCACCUCCCGGGGACAUCUCCGCGUUCCCGCUCCACUUCCCGCGGCCGCCGCGCAACGUUUGGAAGCUCUCCCCUCGCCACGUCCGCUUACUCGGACUUUCCCGGCUCGCAUAUCCCCCCCGCCCGUGAAGAGGCAAGGGAAGGCGGUGCGGAUGAGCAAGAGAACGCGAGUACUCUCCCGCCGUCACCCGCGGAGAUUGGGAUUGGUAGUCCCGUCCUGUGCACGAGAGUCAAUGGCGUGCCUAUCACGAUGAUCUGACUAGCCGGGUUGGCGCUUUUGUAUCUACUCGCGUUGUUCUAAAUCUCUUUUUUUGUUCAAUUUUCUUUACAUUUUCUUUUGUUUGUUUGUUUGGGUGGUUAUGUGCGUCGGUUCUGAGACUUUUCUUUUUGGUUGUCGGUUACUUGUUUGGGCUUUGGCUUUGGUUUAUGGAGUUUUGGCACGUUGGGUAUGGAUGGGAUGGUUGGGGCGGGACGGAUUGAUGACGGAUUGGAUGACUGAAUUGGAAUGGGAGUAUGGUGGAUGGGUUUGGCACGGGCUGUGGGAGGAAACAGGAUUGGCACGGGCUGUGGGAGGAAACAGGAUUGGCAUUGGCAUUGGGAUUAGGAUAGGGGGAGGAAUCGGAUGGGAGGAUUUGACGGGACAGCCACGAGGGCGGGGCGUAUCUUCGAUUGUACUUUUACUUUACUUUACUUCACAUUUUACUAGUAUCAUUAUCAUUAUCACUAUUGAUGCCGCA